AUGGCCACUCUCUUCUUCGUCCUCCUUUCUCUCCUCACCACUUGCUCAUCGGUGUCCAACGAAAACUCCAUGAACGCCGAUGAGCACAGCGCCCUCCUUGACCUCGUCGGCUCGCUCCUGGCCGAUUCCAGCUGGACCGAGCUCCACCCUCACCCGUGCACAGACACUCCUUGGCCCGGCAUUCAAUGCGAGUCCGACAUUUCAGAUGCCGACUUGCUCCACGUUACCUCCAUACACAUCGGCCCUGACCUCCUCUCACCUCCUCCCUGCAAAUCCUUUGCUUCCCUCUCCCCAGCCUCCUUCCUCCACCUCCCAUUCCUCAAAACCUUCUCUCUAUUCUCCUGCUUCCUUUACCCCAACUCCGUCUCUCUCCCUCCAUCCCUUUUCACCAGCACUCCCGCUUUAGAACGCCUCGUCCUCAACGGAAACCCCGGUCUUUCAGGCGAAAUACCCUCCUCUGUUUCCAGCCUACAGAGACUCAGAGUUCUCAGCCUCCCGCAGAACAACUUCCAUGGCGUCAUUCCGCGAGAGAUUGGGAGAUUGAGAGCAUUACAGCAGGUAGACCUCAGCUAUAACCACCUCAGCGGCGAAAUCCCGGAAGAAAUCGGCCGGAUUUCAAGCCUUAGCAUACUAGAUUUCUCCUCAAAUCAGCUGCGUGGUAAGCUUCCUGCUUCAAUUGGGAGUCUCCAGUCUCUAGAAAAGAUUGAUCUCGGCUUCAACCAUCUUUCAGGGAGGGUUCCUCCCGAGCUCGGGGAGCUCAAAAAGUUAGUUUUGCUUGAUUUUAGCCAUAACAACUUGAGUGGACCGUUGCCGGAGGAACUGUCAGGAUUGAAACAAUUACAGUAUUUGAUAAUGGAGAACAACCCCUUCAACAUCAGCAUUCCAUUUUUUCUCGGUAGUCUGAAGAAGCUGACAGUGAUUGGGCUCUCAGGGUGUGGCCUAAUGGGGCCAAUCCCUCCAUACUUCGCCUCUCUGGAAAGCCUCACUGCUCUGUCACUUGAUAACAACAGCUUAAAUGGAACAGUUCCUGAUAGCUUGGACUUACUUUCAAAUCUGGGUGAGCUCAAUCUUAGCCAGAACCAGCUGAGUGGAGAGAUUGGCUUCUCUGUGGAGUUUGUGAGGAGGCUGGGGAAGAGAUUGGAUUUGAGGGGAAAUAAAGAUUUAUGUGCAAAGCCAAACGACAAGUAUGAAGAGGCUUCGGUGAGACUUGAAGCAGCUGCUUGUUUGGGUUCCGGCAUUGAUAAUGGAGGAAAGAGAGGCGCAGUAGAAGAUGGUGAUGGUAGAAUCAGUUCUUCUUUGGAUGGUAAUGAGGUAGAAAAUUGUUGCUAUUUCGGGGUAAGUUCACUGUGGACUUCGGGCUUUCAGGGAAUUGCCAUUGUCGUGGCUUUGCUUGUAUGA